AUGAUGAAAACAGGGCAGGCUGGAAGUGAUAAUACGAGCUUCGUUAGCAACUUUUGGGGUCAUCAAAGUGCUGGAUAUAGUGCAAUUCAGAGCAAAACAAGGGACUCUUUGACUAUAUUAGAGGAACUACUUGAAUAUUAUGAUAGUAGAAUUAGUAUUGAGAAGGAAUAUAGUAAGAAACUUGAAAAGCUCAAUAAAAGACUAGUUUUGGGAUCCAAUGAGACAGGAUCUUUGAAAGCCUCCUUGGACAAAUUCUCUUACGAAAAUGAUCAAAUGGUGAAGUAUAAUCACAAAUUUCUCAACGCAGUGAGUCAGAUCAACUACGAAAAGCUUUUGAAGUUUCGAGAUACUUAUAAGAAGAGAUCAAGUAAAAUCGAUAAACAUAUGUCCAAAAUUGUUUCAAGGUUGAAUAGUGCUAGUAACCUGUUAUCAAAUAGCAAGAGAAAAUACCAGGAAGACUGCGCUCAAAUUAAGUCCUUAAGAUUAAUAGUACAAACCACUUGGGGUAAGGAGUUGGAAAGAAAUCAGUCCAAAUUGAAUAAAUUGGAACAGGCGGUGUCUGCAAGUGAACAAAACUACAAGAUCGACGUGGACAAAUACAACGAGUUGAGAGAUAUAUACAUCAGAGAUUGGUCGAUAUCAUUAAAGGACUUCUAUAAAUUAGAGAUAGAGAAAAUCAAUCUCUGCAAAAUCAAUUGCUUCAAUUUUUGUAACAAUGUUGCCACAUUAUGUGUUGACAAUGACCAUGCUGCCGACUUGGCAAGAUCUUCAUUUGCUCAAAUACAGCCCUCGUCAGACCUUCAGUCUUAUGGAGAUACUUAUGGGACUGGAAAUAAGAUAUACAAGGAGCUCCACUUUAUUGAUUUUAUGAACGGAUAUGAGGAUGUAAGCGAUACUCCCGAAUACACUAUCGCUGAAUUUGAAAAUCCAGCAAUUGAAGCCUUACUAACAAGAUCCUACUCGACCUAUUCAUCUGCGACCCAGGAAAUUGAUAAUAGAAGCAAUUACUCAAACAGUCCUACCAAAAAUACCCCGAACAGAAAUAUUUUAGCUAAGGAAUUGCCAGCUGUGAGCCUACCGCCGCCUUCUUCCCCUAGCAAAACUUCUCCAGCAAGAAAGCCUCCUACUGAUAGUUUGGCUCCAGAGUCUACUGGUGUUGCGAUUGGUAAAUCCAAUUCACUUUACAGUUCAAGUCCUGAAGAUAAUCAAAACGAUAUAUUCUCUUUGAAAGAGAAUAACAUGAAUGCUGAAACACAUAAAUUCAGCAAUAGCAAUGGUUCAUCAAAUUACUCGAACCCAACUGCCUACUCUUCGUCUAAUUACUCAUCUGGCUCAAGCGGUGGAGAGCGGACUUGGUCUUCUCCAAGGAGGAGUGCUCAUGAAAGAAAGAUCUUGCAGGAAAAGAUAAACAUGAAAUCAAAGGAGCUUCCCGUGUCUCCAAUGAAUAGAGAUGAUAAACAAUUUACCGAAAGAAAGAAAGAAAUACCUAUAGAGAAGGACUUUUCUAUGGAUUACAUUGCACGGGCCCUCGAUGAUUUAAAAUCCGGUGGAAAUGGUGACAUUAAUAAGUAUAGAAAAUCUGUUAGAAUAGAAAAAGAGCUUCAUGAUGAUAACCACAGAUCACCUUUCAUAUCCAAGUCAGAUUAUGUGGACGAUCGUAACGAGGUUGCAACUCGUUACGAGUCCAUAAACUUGAGAACUCCCACUCUGACCCCUUCAAAAGUCAAUAUGCGCUCUUCUGCAUCUAGAGCUAGACCAAAGUCAAUGCUUGAUCCUGUGCGCGUAGAUGACUUUAACAGUAUCAAUGAAGAUCUGCUUCAGACAGUGAUUCGUAAGGAGAAGCCGAGAAGAAAAUCACUACUGAUGAGCCCGACAAAGUCCUACAAAAACAUCCAUUCCAUUCUAAAUCAAAUGUCACCCAUAAGCAGAAAGCCAUAUCUUAUUAAGGCCACUGCAAGAUAUACCUACAAGGCACAGCAUCGUGGCGAAUUAAGUUUCAAAAAAGGUUGGAAUAUGUACGUCAUACAUAAACAAGAAGACAACUGGUUUGUCUGUGAAUUGGCUGGCAAUUGUUCUGAGAGCGUUGGCAUGAUGGGAUUGGUACCGGGCAACUAUAUUAUAGAGGGAAAUGAUUUGUUUUAG